UAGUUUUUAGUGUUGUCAGGGUAAACAACUUUCCAGACACUUUAUUUCCUGGGAGUUUAUUUACCCAGAUAGACAAAAUGAGUGUCAGAACAUAUAAUCCGUCUGUGAGAGUUGGAAACUGGAAUGAAGACAUUCAGUUGGAAGAGGACACACUCAAAGAAUUUUUGCAUAAAAGAGAAUCAGGGCAGUUGUUAAAUCAAAAGAGGACAAAAUUAGAACAAACUAUUUUCAAAAAGACAGAUUUAAGUAUAUCAAGGGAUGGUUUUGUUCAUUUUGGAGACAAGGUAAACAUCAGGUGUCCAGCAGCCUUGGAUCGCACACAAUAUUUUGCACACAUAGAACCUAGAAGUGAAUGCAACUUAGCAGUGGUCCCUCAAGUCAACAAAAUUCUUUACUCCAGCAAAUUUGAAGCUCCAUGCAAUGUAACUGGCAGCAGAGAUUUAACCCCUAACCUGAGAAGUACAUUUGUUGUAAAAAGUAAAGAUGGAACAAAAGACGGUGAGCCACUGAGAUAUGGACAAGUGUUUUAUCUUUCUACAUUGGAUGAUGAAGGUGGAAAUCUCUUUCUGCAGAGUGAUCGUGUAACUUUACAUAAAUCUCCAAACAAAUCUCGACACCAGGAGUUGUCCCUGGUCUGUGAAGUAUCACCUAAGAUAGAAUGGAAAAUUCUCCACUUAAAACCUAAACUCAGGCUGGAAUAUGAGGGCAUACCAGUAACUGCCAAUGAUAAGAUAAUUUUCAAUCAUGUUGUCACGAAUCAGGAUUUAUGUGUAGAACAGGAUAUCUGUAUUCGCACCUCAUUCGGAACAAGAGAGUAUGAGAUGUCGGCAUGCACAAUGUUAGAUUCCCACCGUGCAGAGAAGGAACAGAAUCAUUGGAUGUUUGUGAUGGGAGUCCCUGGAGAUGAAGUGUGCCCUGUCACUAGCCAGUCAGUUGGUACAGCAUCAACUUCAGCCACAUCAUAAAAUAAACUUUGACCUUUUUAUUGUAUUUUGUGUAUUUAAAAAAUGAGAAAACAUACUGAUAAAAACCUCGGUCAGCUUUUGUUUUAAGAUGGCUUACGGCGAGUCUUCAGCAUUCAUGAAAAUAUGAUAAAAUCCUUUUACCCAUGAUCUUCUGGAGUCUUAACCCUAAACUGAGUUUGAUGUACUGUGUUUGAUAGAAUGUUUUCAUUGAUGUAACUACAAAACCGUGCUGGCAGUACCUUUUAUGAUGAAAUUCAGUAUAAAAAACUGCUAAAAUGAUCUUUUACCAAUUCUUAUCAAAUGAAGAUUUCUUAAAACUCUGUUCUAUUACACUGCCUUUUCAGCCAUUUGAACAAAGGACAAAUUUUAUUUCAUUUUUGAUACUGACUUUUUAUCAAAUGAUACUUUUACUUGAAGUGAUGUAUAUGAUUAAGAAUUGCAUGUCAUGUAUUGAUACUGAAAUCUUUAGGUGAGAAAAAUGAAGGCGGCAAAAGAAACUAGCUUAGAGUUUACUGUCGUUAUUACAAUGUAAGGUGAUUUUCCUGUUUAAGGAGUCAUGUACACAUUGUUCAUUAACUGUGAUAAAUACCUGACACUACCUUACUUAAAGCAACAAAGUAAAAACUUAUUUUAUUAGAUUAUUAUGCAAAAUGUAAAAGCAUUAAUCACCAGUAUGGUAUUAUAUUUCUAUAGGACAGUUUUACAGUUCUUCGUGUGCUAGCAACAUUUAUCCUAAACUGGCUUAGCAUUCAGUAUUAGCACUGCUUUACAUUUGCUUAUACUUGGUGAGAUAGGUAAAUAUAGUUUUAGUGUAUAUGGAGUUGCAUACUUUGUUACAUGUAUCAUGAUUAUUAUGUUGUUACUGUUGUUACCUGUUAUAACAGAAAUUUCACCAAUUAAAAUCCUUAAGAUAAUGGACUCGUAAUGAAUAUCAGCAAUUUACGUGUGAUUAUGUUUUCUUCAUAUAGGACCUUGGCAUUCUCUGUUUGGUUGCUCGUAGAAGCUACAUUAGCAGCCGGAGAAUGCCGCAGUAGCAUCGGGAGAUUACGUAAUCUCACUUAAAUUGCUUAUCGUCAUUACAGGUCCACUACCUUAUUUAACCCUUACCCUGCUAAAUUUCUAUAAUGAACUUGUCCAUCUUUCAGUUUGGACAGUACCAUUACCUAUUAAAAGGGGUGCUUACCAAAAAUAUACUGACUGAAUGGCAAACAGUGCAGAUCAUGAUCAGACUGCACGGAUGCACUGGUCACAAAGGCAGAAUCAAUCGUGUCCAGCAUGCUAAGGGUUAAAAGUCAGACUGAUUUCAGUGUAUUUUUUUACAUGAAUAUAUUUUUCACAUCUGUUACACAGACAUGAUUAUAUAUUGUUGGCGACUUUCACUAAAAUCAGUAAAAUUCUAGGCAAUAGCUGCAUAUGUGUGCAUGGAUAUUUCUUGUUUCUAACAGUGACAAACUGAUUAACAUAAUCACUUUCUUUAAUGUUAGUUUGUGUUCUUAAUACAUGACAUUGAAACUGUCUGAAGUUUCAUGCUUUACAUUCAUGAAUACCAAGGAAAUGAAAGGAUUAUUUUUUCGACCCACCAAAGUUGAUGUUAACUGUACAUUGUAAAAAACUGAAAUAUCUAAAUAAACUGACACUACUAAAAUUUUCCAAGAGAAUAUUGAUUUAAACUUACUGGAUUGCUAGUUUUUUACAAAAAUUAUUAUUAUUAGCAAGAUUAACCUUUUAUGAGUUCGAAAUUUAUUUCUCGCACUAUUGAACUAUUUAUACUUUUUGUCAUUAUAACACAACCUUGAAUUUAGAUAGGAUUUAAUCAUAGACUCAAAUGUAUUACCGAAAGCAUUAAAGUGAAGUAUUUUUUAAAACAAUGUUAUUAAUGUUGUUUGUAAAUAACAGUUUUCAGCAUUGACACCAAACACUUCCAACCUGCCUUGUGAGGCAUACAUGUAUAUUUUAUAAAACACAACUUUACAGAUAAAUAAAUACAUUAUUUAUAUCUA